AUGGCUGGGUCCAACUUUACUGAGGCGACAUUCUUCAUCCUCUCUGGAUUUGCUAACCACCCUGAACUACAAGUCAGUCUUUUUUUGAUAUUCCUGUUCAUUUAUCUUUUCACUGUCUUGGGGAAUCUUGGACUAAUCAUGCUAAUCAGAAUCGACUCUCAGCUUCACACACCUAUGUACUUUUUUCUCAGCAAUUUGGCAUUCAUUGACAUAUUUUAUUCCUCUACUGUUACUCCCAAGGCUCUUGUUGAUUUUCAGUCCAACCAGAAAACCAUCUCUUUUGUUGGCUGCUUUGUUCAAAUGUACUUUUUUGUUGGUCUGGUGUGUAGUGAGUGCUUUCUUCUGGGAUCCAUGGCUUAUGACCGUUAUGUAGCAAUCUGCAAUCCCUUACUCUAUUCUGUAAUUAUGUCCCAGAAAGUGUGCAACUGGCUGGCAUCCAUGCCUUACAUGAUUGGCUUCACAAAUUCCCUGAUAUCCAUCUGUGUGAUAAGCAGUUUGGCCUUCUGUGAUUCCAGUAUCAAUCAUUUUUUCUGUGACACCACAGCCCUGCUGGCCCUGUCCUGUAUCAAUGCAUUUGACACAGAAAUGGUGAUCUUUGUUUUAGCUGGGUUCACCCUUCUGAGUUCUCUUCUGAUCAUCAUGAUCACUUACAUCGCCAUCAUUGCAGCCAUCCUGAGGAUCCAGUCUGCAUCGGGCAGACAAAAAGCCUUCUCCACCUGUGCAUCCCACCUCAUGGGUGUAACCAUCUUCUAUGGGUCCCUGAUUUUUACAUAUUUGCAGCCUGAUAAUACAUCUUCUCUGACCCAGGCACAGGUGGCAUCUGUGUUCUACACCAUUGUCAUUCCAAUGUUGAAUCCAUUGAUCUAUAGUCUGCGGAACAAAGAUGUGAAGAAUGCUCUCUUGAGAGUCAUUCAUAGAAAACAAUUUCCAUAA